AUGUUCGCAAUGUUCGUAGAGCAACGUUGCUCAUUGCGGUAUGUCUGGCUUAUGCCACUAAAUGUUGUCUCACUGAUGUGUGGCCUUCCAAAGUCGUUCGAUUACUUCUAUGAAACUAUCGAAGGGUGGAUCUUUAUCCGCGGGAGAUGGAUGUAUACCCGUCCGGAGAAAGGCAUUAAGCUCACGGAUAUUGGCUUUAGUCCUGCACUAAGGAGCUGCAUUGUUGGUCAGACGCCGCUACUACACCUUGUCGGACAAACAUUAUUUUUCAAUUUGUACUUUUGGACGAGAGCUAUAGGCUUUAUAAUUUUACCAAGUGUACUGUUGGUAAUACUCAACAUUCUUUUGAUAAGAAACAUUCGCCGCGCCCAAAUUAGGAAACUUCAACUAAAGAGAAUAGCUAAGUACAUCCGUCAACGUAAAAAUAAAAUGGAAUCUAAUAGAUGUGAAGAGGUUGUGAAUGUCCCGCAAGCAGCAUUCAUGGGUGUUUUGUGUGUUUGUGAAACGUUCUCGAUUCGAUUUUCCCUUCUGGAGGGAACAUUUCCUGCUGUCUUUCUUCUUGUUAGUAACAUGCUGGUUAUGGUACGUGCACUUACGCGACGUAUCCUAUCAACUUCAGCAUCUACUGCUUUAUGUCAAGCAGCUUUCGAAAAACUUUUAAAUCCCUAUUUUGUCCGUGAGUAG